AUGCCACGCGGUGCCCGCCAGGCCACUGCCCUCUUCGGCUUUGCUUGUAGUUCUCCUAGUCUUGCCAUCAAUGAUAAAAGCGAUAUUGAACGCCUUGCUUGCAUGCUUCCGGCCGCCGUGAUGGCGGAAGCCGCUUUUCUGCGGAGGUCGUUCCGCUUCCCCCGUCCCCCCGUGCGUGUACUUCCCCCGCUCCUAGCGGGGCGGGUGGUGUUAGUGACCGCGCCUGCGCCGUACGACGCGGCGCUGAGCGCGGCAGUGCGGGAAGCAGGCGGGGAAGCAGUGGCGUGCAGCAUGGUGGCGACAGACGUGGGCGAUGAGGCGUGCCGGCGAGCAGUGGAACAGUUCCUAGUGGGGGCUGCGGGCGGGCGGCAGAGCGAGGACGCUGGCGGGGCGAGUGAGGGAGUGAGUGAGGGAGUGAGUGUGGGAGUGCAGGAUGUGGCAGCCAUAGCGUUCACAUCGCGCAAUGGCAUCACGGCCUUUGCGAAUGCGGUGCAGCGACUGCCACAGCACGCGCUGCCAGCUGCAUGGAGAGCAACAGUCGCUCCCAGCCAACCCCAGCAACCCCUACAACAGCAACAGCGACUGCAGCAAAGCGAGGAGGAACAGAGGCGGCAGGACGAGCAGGAACAUCAGCAGCAGAGCACCACACCCCUCAGCACCGCGCCAUGCUCUCCUCUCCUCAUCGGCGCUCUGGGCCGGGACGCCGAGCUGCUCUCCUCUCUCGGCCCCAUCGUCUCCCACCCCUCCACACGCCUCGUCCUGCCACCUGUCGCCACGCCAUUGACCCUAGCAGACGCCCUGGGUCCAGGGGACGGGCGCAUAGUAGCAUGCCCUGUGCCGUGGGUGGAAGGGCUAGAAGAACCCCCAGUGGUGCCCACGUUCCUGAGUGCUUUGGAGGAAAGAGGCUGGCGAGUGCUGCGUAUCGGCUGCUAUGUCACCCGCUGGACUGGCACCCGUGCACUCAUGCCCGUUCUUGCUGGUGCCAGUAAUUCGCAAGGCGGGGGAGAUACUAGUGGGGACGGAGAGGGAGGUGAGUUGGGUGAGUUACGAGCAGCAGAAGGGGCGGUGAGCAUGCACCCGUCAGUGGCUGCCGUGGUGUUCUCCAGCACAGCAGAGGCACAGGGCUUUGUGGCCUGCUGCCAUGCCAUGGGCGUGCACCCUCUGCGCUUCCUGGGCAGACACGAAUCGCAACCUCCUCAUUCCCCUCCUGGUGCUGAUGCUGCAGACGGCAGUGGGGUGAGCAGGCGGGGGGUGGUGGUGGCAGUGCACGGGCCGGUGACAGCGGAGGGAGUGCGCAACGUGGGGUUGCCUGUGGACGUGGUGAGCCAGCAGUUCAGCAGCUUUGCAGGUGUUGUGGAUGCCCUUGCUGCACAUCUUGCUCACUUGGAUUGA